UUUAAGAUUAGACUGCACUAACCAUAAAACCGCGUAUCUUUGCAGCUCCUGUGAUUCACUACCAUGUGUGAGUGUGUGUCCCCAUCUCACCUCCUUUGUGCAUUUAAAUCAUUGCCCUUCUUUCUCUCUCCUCUUUCCCUACUUGCUUAAAUCCACCCUAUUUCCGAUCAUUCACUCCUUCUUCCCCACACCCUUCUUUCUCUCUCCCUCCAUUUUUAAUUAUGGCUCCACUUCCUCUGUUUUUCAGGUUCACCUUUUACUUCCUACUAUUUGCUUCUUCUCUUUUUGCCUCUUCUUACUCUCAUCGAAUCUUCCUGUCUAGACGAAACUUACUUGAUACUAAUAGUAAAAAAAACCAAACUAAACUUAUCAAACCUUCUUCUUCUUCUUCCUCCUCUAAAAACCAGACCAUUUCUUCGAGUAAUAGUAAUUCUUCCAAGAAAAACCAAACCAAAUUAGCUAAACCCAUUUCAAAAACGUCCUCCAAAAAUGUCGGUGCUCCUCCUAAUACCGUCGGUAAACCCAAGGUUAAUUCAACCAAGUCGUCAGAUCCACUCAAAUCCAAAUCAAUUACGAAGAACAAAACUAAAUCUUCUCCAUCGUCUACCCCGACUACCAAAUUACCCUCGUCUGAUACUAAAAGUGAUCAGAAUCAGAAACAGAAACAGAAACAGAAACUGAAAUCUCCUUCGCCACCGACAUGGAUGCAAAGCCAAGACGAUGACAACGACACAGACUACGAUUUCAUGGCGGAAUUCAGAGAUCUUUCAAACAAAUUCCACCAAACAUUCAUCCCAGAUAUGCACAGAUUCUCAACGACCUCCAAAAUGUACAUAACAAAAGCCAAUAAAGAAAUCACCCAAAGCUUCAUCAAGCCUUAUGUGAGUAAACAAUACCAUUCCUCAGCAUCAACAGCUAUCUCCUUCGCAUUCAUCAUUGUCCCAUUUUUACUAGUCUCUCUCCUUUUUAACCGCAUCACCGCGUAUUUCUCUCUCCAAAAACUCCUCAUUUUUAUCCAGAUUUACCUCUCCAUUUACUUCUCAAUCCUGUGUUUCUCCAGUUUAAUUACUGGGUUGGAGCCACUGCGGUUUUUUUACGCUACUUCGCAGUCCACCUAUGUUUGGUUGCAAGUGUUGCAGACCCUUGGAUACGUCAUGUAUUUGUUGAUGUUGUUGAUGUAUCUUAUACUUGUGUUCUCUACUGAGUCUGGGUUGGGCCAGAAGUUUUUGGGCUUGGCCCAAACUUUUGUGGGCUUUGCGGUUGGGUUUCAUUAUUACAUGACGGUGUUUCAUCGUGUGGUGUUGCAUCUGCCGCCUAAAACCAAUUGGAAAGUUCAUGGGAUCUAUGCCACGUGUUUUCUUGUUAUUUGUCUGCUCGCUCGUGCUGAUAGAACAAAGAAGGCUUAUCAUGACGAAGAGGGUGUCGAAGAAGGCAAAAUUAACUAGAAACUAGAAAGUUACAAUUACACCCUUUUGUUAUUUCCUAAUUUUUUUUUCAUACUCAUAUAGUCAUAUAGUAAUUGAAAAGCGAGGGAAAGAAAGAAAAUAAAAUUCGCUUUUUUCUCGCU